UAGCUAGUACGCACAGAGUGCUCACGGGUGUAUCAUCACGGUUGUACUGCGAAGGCAAAAAUGGUGGACACCAAAUUGUUAUUGCAACGUGAAAUAGCCUUGUCAUUUUAGCAUUUGAGAGCAAUGUUUUUGCUUGCCAAUGGUAAACAAUAAAACAAUAGCUUCCUUCCUUCCUGCUCUGGACUGGACCACGGAAUUGACGUGUGGUCUUACAUCACUGGCUUGGAAGUGAUUCAUCUCUUCACCUAAACCAGGCAAGAUGCUGCGCGUCUGACAGUGACUGGACUGGGCUUUCAAGAUCAACUAGUCAUCUUCUGCCGUGGGGUCAUGGAGGAAAUACUACGGAAGCUGCAAAAGGAAGCCUCGGGACACAAACACAAAGCUAUCCGGGAUGCCUGCACUCUUGCUUGCGAAACACUUGAAGGCCAAACUGGCAAGAUCUUGCCAUCUCAGCUCCGAGCAAGAUGCCUGUUACCUCUCCGGCUGGCACUGGAGUCCAAAAACACCAAGCUGGCACAGACGGCCCUCACUGGAAUACAGAUGCUUUGUGAGGACCGCUUUAUCGACGGAGGGACGGAGAUUCCCGAGAAGCAGCUGCUGAAUCAGGUGCUGGAUGCCGUCAAGGUGACGCCCACCCUUCAUGAGGACCUGCAGGUGGAGGUCAUGAAGGUCCUGCUCUGCAUUACGUACUCGUCCACGUUUGAGAUCAAAGGCGACUCCAUCCUGAAGAUCGCUGAGGUGUGCAUAGAGACCUACAUGUCCAGCUGCCACCAGAGAAGCAUCAACACAGCUAUCAGAGCCACUCUCAGCCAGAUACUGGGAGAUCUGACACUGCAGCUGCGCCACAGCCAAGAAGGCGUGGGAGUGGAUGGGGAAGACCUACCAGCGCAGCUGUCACAGCGGAAAGAUCUCUCCCCUACCACUGAAGCACUGUACAAGGAUGUUGUGACAGUCCUUACUGUUUUCUGUGAAAAGCUGGAAGGAGUUGGCAAUGAGAACCAGCUGCUGCAGUUACUCUAUUUGGAGUGCAUUCUGUCCAUGCUCAGUAGCUGUCCUCCCACAAUGCACCUGAACCGCGGCUUCAUGGACCUUGUCUGGAAACAGCUCUGUCCAUCGCUGGUGGUGAUCAUGGGGAACCCCGUCAACGACAAAACCAUCACGUCCGCCCACGGGGGAGGGGGCCCGUACGAGUCGGAGACGUCGGCGUCCGGGGGCGGCGGUGGCGGCGGCGGGGUGACGGACCAGGGCCGCGGCUCGGGCUGCUCGUCCAGCGCGCCGGCCAUGAUCGGCCCGGUGGUGCGGACCAUCUGCUACGUGGCGGCCGAGCUGGUGCGGCUGGUGGGCUGCGUGGAGUCCAUGAAGCCCGUGCUGCAGUCGCUCUACCACCGCAUCCUGCUCUACCCCCCGCCACAGCACCGCGUCGAGGCCAUCAAGAUCAUGAAGGAGAUCCUGGGUAGUCCUCAGCGUCUGUUUGACUUGGCUGGUCCCUGUGUCAUUGAACCGGAGACCAGGAAGAGGUCCUUUUCCAAGAGGAAGUCCUAUCUCGACCUCCUCAAACUGGUGAUGGAUGGCAUGACGGAGGCCUGCAUGAAGGGCGGCAUCGAGGCGUGCUACUCCUCCGUGUCGUGCGCCUGUGCCCUGUUGGGGGCGCUAGACGAGCUGAGCCAGGGCCGAGGGCUCCACACGGAGCAGGCCCGCCUGCUGCUGCGGCGGCUGGACGAACUGAAGGACGGCCCGGAGUCCACGCGCGAGUCCAUGGAGGUCAACGAGGCCGACUUCCGCUGGCAGCGGCGCAUCCUGUCGGCCGAGCAGGCGGCCUGGGAGCCGCGCGCCCCCGAGCGCAGCCCCGACAUCAGCAUCAGCGUCACCACGGAGACGGGCCAGACCACGCUGGAGGGGGACAUGGGGCACACCUCGCCGGAGGAGGAGGAGGAGUGCGGGGAGGAGCCGCGGCUGACGUCGCCGGCGGCCCCGUGCGGCGGGACGGCGACCGGCGCAGAGGCACCGGCGGCGGCCAGACGCGAGCCAGGCCCCGCCAGCACGGCCACCACAGAGCCUCCGGACGUUGUCCAGCGGAGCCACGCAAUGGCCUACCCGGACAUCACUAACUUCCUGUCAGUGGAGUCCCGCACGCGCUCCCAUGGAGGUGGUGGUGGAGGCGGCGGCGGCGGCGGCGGUGGUGGUUCACGCUACAGCGAGAGCAACUUCAGCGUGGACGAACAGGACCUGUCGCGCACCGAGUUCGACUCGUGCGACCAGUACUCCAUGGCCGCCGAGAAGGACUCGGGCCGCUCGGACGUGUCGGACAUGGGCUCGGACAACGGCUCGCUGGCCGACGAGGAGCAGACGCCGCGCGACUGCCCGGGCCACCGCUCGCUGCGGACCGCCGCGCUCUCGCUCAAGCUGCUCAAGAACCAGGAGGCCGACCAGCAGAGCGCGCGCAUCCUGGUGCAGUCGCUCGCCGGCCUGCUGCCGCGCCUCCUCUCCAUGCAGAGCUCGGCCGAGGUGGACACCUGCCUCCAGAACUUCACCUCCAGCUUCUGCUCCGGACUCCAAGCAGGGGGUAUCCACUCUCCAGGCUUUGAGGUCAGUGACAACCUGAGCUGCCAGGCCCUGAUGAACGCAGACGGCCUGUACCUGGUGUCCUACUACGCGCUGCUGCUCAACCUCAAGCUGUGCUGCUGCGACUACUACCGCAGGAAGCCCAUGCCUGCUCUGAUCACUCUGGUGAGAGCCUCUCUUUCCCAGAAAGAGUUUGUGCGUCAGAUCCAGAGCAGCGGUGUGCUGGUGGUUCUCUCCCAGGCCUGGAUCGAGGAGCUCUACCACCAGGUGUUGGAGCGCAGCCUGCUGGGGGAGGCAGGGUACUGGGGCUCCCCUGAGGAGCACUCACUGCCCCUCAUCACCAUGCUAACAGACAUUGAUGGUCUUGGCAGCAGUGCCAUAGGGGGGCAGCUGAUUCGCAAGGCGUCCACACAGUCACCCUUUCUCUGUGACAAGAGUGGCAGUGACACCCUGAUGGCAGGUAUGGUGUUUGCACGCUACAUCCUGACGGGCUGCUGGAAGAACCUGAUCGACACGUUGUCGGCGCCCCUGACAGGCCGCAUGGCUGGCAGCUCCAAGGGCCUGGCCUUCAUCCUGGGCGCCGGGGCCGAGGGCGUGAAGGAGCAGAGCCAGCGUGAGCGGGAUGCCAUCUGCCUCAGCCUGGAUGGCCUACGCAAGGCUGCCGCCCUGAGCUGCGCGCUAGGUGUUGCUGCCAACUGUGCAUCAGCUCUUGCUCAGAUGGCUGCAGCCUCCUGUGUCCAGGAAGAGAAGGAGGAGAGAGAGGCAACAGAGAUGGGGGACGCUAUUACUCAAGUGAAGCAGCGUAUGGAGCAGAAGCUGGAGCAGAUGUCUCGUCCGCAGGGUGUGCGUCUGCACACGGCCCACGUCCUCUGCAUGGACGCCAUCCUCAACGUGGGCCUGGAGAUGGGCAGCCACAACCAGGACUGCUGGCCCCACGUCUUCAGGGUGGUGGAGUACAUCAGCUCGCUGGAGCACACCCACUUCAGCGACGGCAGCAGCGCCCAGCCCCACCUGGCCAUCACGCAGGCCCAGCAGGCCGUGGACCUGGGCCUGGAGCCGGACGGCGAGCCCAGCCCCGAGAGGGAGCCGGGACUGGGGCUGAGUCAGCCGGUCAUCCAGCCUCUGUCCAUCCCCGAGCUGCUGAAGGAGGGCGGCCGCGGGAAAGGUCUGGAGCUGAGAGGGGGGAGCCUGCUCACGGGCCCCAGCGCAGCCAAAGCUGUGUGCACGCUCUCCACGCAGGCCGACAGGUUGUUUGAGGAUGCGGCCAGUAAGCUGAAUCUGGUGGGCCUGGUGGGGUUCCUGCACCAGCUGAGAAAGGCCUCCCAGUCCCAGCUGUUUGACUCCGUCACUGAGACUGGGGACUACUCCCUCGCCAUGCCAGGUGAAGCGAAGUCCACACAGGACCGUCGCAGCGCUCUGCACCUGUACCGACUGGGGGAGGCCAUGCUGCGGAUCGUGCGGAACAAGAGUCGCCCCCUGCUGCACAUGAUGAGAGCAUGGAGCGUGGUAGCGCCCCAUCUGGUGGAGGCAGCCUGUCACAAAGAGCGCCACGUCUCCCAGAAGGCCGUGUCCUUCAUCCACGACGUGCUGAUGGAGGUGCUCACCAGCUGGGCCGAGCUCCCGCACUUCCACUUCAACGAGGCGCUCUUCCGGCCCUUCGAGCACAUCAUGCAGCUGGAGCUGUGUGACGAGGACGUGCAGGACCAGGUGGUGACCUCCAUCGGGGAGCUGGUGGAGAUGUGCUCCCCCCAGAUCCAGUCAGGCUGGAGGCCCCUCUUCAGUGCCCUGAGGACGGUCCACGGGAGCAAGACCGACACCAAAAACUACCUGAUUGGGGAGUACUCCAUGGGGAAAUCCCAGGCCCCAGUGUUUGACGUCUUUGAGGCCUUCAUCAACACAGACAACAUUCAAGUGUUUGCCAAUGCAGCAACAGACUACAUCAUGUGCCUUAUGAAGUUUGUCAAGGGGUUGGGUGAGGUGGACUACAAAGAGAUUGGAGACUGUGUGCAUGUGAUGGGCUACAGCUCCACGGACCUGUGUCUGCCAGCGCUGGACUACCUGAGGAAGUGCUCGGAGCUGCUUGCCAAAAUCUUCAAGAUGCCCUCCAAGCCCGUGUUCCUGGGGGCUCGGCUGGCCAGCCUGCCCAUGCGGGCACAGGAGCGCUCGGUCAGCAGCGAGGAUGGCAUGGACUGCGUCCUGGCCGAGUUUGACGACGACACAGGCCUGAUUCAGGUGUGGAUCCUGCUGCUGGAGCAGCUGACGGCUGCCGUGUCCAACUGCCCACGACAGCACCAACCCCCUACCCUGGACCUGCUGUUCCAGCUGCUCCGAGACAUCACCAGGAUACCAGGGCCAGGCUUUGCCAUAUUCUCUGUCAUCCAGCUUCUCCUGCCGGUGAUGUCGCUGUGGCUGCAGCGUAGCCACGGCGACCACUCCUACUGGGACAUAGCAGCGGCCAACUUCAAGCACGCCAUCGGGCUCUCCUGUGAGCUGGUGGUGGAACAUGUCCAGAGCUUCAUCCACUCAGACAUUGGCUAUGAGAGUCUGAUCAACCUGAUGCUGAAGGACCUGUUUAAGCUGCUGGUGGCCUGUGUGGCCGAGCCUGCAGAAGCCAUCUCUAGAGUGGGCUGCUCCUGCAUCAGGUAUGUUUUGGUGACUGCUGGGCCCGUCUUUACUGAAGAGAUGUGGCGUCUAGCCUGCUGUGCAUUACAAGAUGCCUUCUCUGCCACUCUGGAGCCUGUCAAGAACCUUCUGGCAUGUUUCCGGAGUGGGUCGGACAGUUUUUCAGGUGACGCAUGUGAGGUGAAGGUAGCUGCCCCCUCCCAUUCUCCCUCAGCCGAGGCAGAGUACUGGAGGAUCCGCGCCAUGGCCCAACAGGUCUUCAUGCUUGAUACUCAGUGUUCGCCCAAAACCCCCAGCAACAAGGAGGGCUUUGAGCAUGCUCAGUCUUGUGUCCUUAUCAUAGAGCUGCCUCCAGACCAGCACUCUAACGGACACACACAGAAGAGGAUCCCUUUCAGAACCAUCGUGGUGAGUCUUCUGUCCCAUCAGGUUCUCCUACAGAACCUAUACGACAUCCUGCUGGAGGAGUUUGUCAAAGGCACCGGAGGGGACAGCCAGGAGCGCACCACGCCCGUCUCGGAACCCCGUUCCGCCGGGUUCCUUCGUUACAUCUCCAUGCAGAACCUGGCGAUCAUCUUCGACUUGCUGCUGGACUCGUACCAGACGGCCCGUGACUUUGACACGCGGCCCGGUCUCAAGUACCUGCUGAUGAAGGUGUCGGGAGUCAGCGGGGCGGCCAACCUGUACCGCCAGUCAGCCAUGAGUUUCAACAUCUACUUCCAGGCACUCCUUUGUGCUACACUGACAAAUCAGGAGAACAUCACAGUGGAGCAGGUGAAAAGGAUUCUGGGAGAGGAAGAGGAGGGCAGCUCAGACUCAUCACAGGCCUGCUCCUCAGAGGACGAAGACAUCUUUGAAGAGACUGCACAGGUGAGCCCACCGCGGGGUAAAGACAAGCGUCAGUGGCGCGCCACCAUCCCGUCCCUGAGCUCCCAGCCGGCCAGCGGCGUGGACUGGGCCUGGCUGGUCAAGCGCCUGCACAAGCUGUGCAUGGACCUGAGCAACAACUACAUCCAGAUGCACCUGGACCUGGAGAGCAGCCUGGGGGCGCUCGGCGGCGACGAGCCCGUGCUGGGCCACCACCGCGGCGGAGGCGACCCGCUCUUCUUCCUCCCCCUCUUCCCCUCCGAGAGCUCCACGCCCACCCCCUCCACCACCGGGGGGCCCUCGGGCCGGGGCACGCCGUCCGAGGACGGCUUCCGUUGCCAGCCCGCGGUGGAGACGCCGGGCGAAGAGCCCGUGCUGCAGACGCCUCCCGGGGCGGCGGCACCACCUGCGGCGGCGGCUUCGGCAGCGGGCGUCUCCAGCGGCGGCGGCGGUGGCCUGCCCCACCUGCGGGGGGGCGAGCGAGGGCCGAGGGAGCGCAGCGACUCCACCGGCCGCAAGAAGGAGUGGUGGGAGAGCGCGGGCAACAAGCUCUACACCAUCGCCACCGACCGCACCAUCACCAAGCUCAUGAUCGAGUACAAGCGCCGCAAGCAGCAGCAGCAGCAGCAGCAGCAGGGACACCCCGUCUCCCACUCGCACCCGGCCUUCGCCCGGGAGGCCAAGCCCGGCGAGAGGAGGACUGAGGUGGGCUCGCUGCGGGAGCCCGAGUCCCCCGGGCCCCAGAGGCCCCAGCAGCUGGUGGACCAGGGCCCCAUGAGACACUCGUUCAGCGCGGGGCCCGAGGUGCUGAGGCAGGAGAAGAGGCCGCGCUCGGGCUCCAUGGCCAGCUCGCACAGCAUCUCCCUCCGAGACGCGGAAGCACAGAUCCAGGCGUGGACCAACAUGGUCCUGACGGUCCUGAACCAGAUCCAGCUCCUGCCCGACCCCACCUUCAUCGCCCUGCAGGCCGCCGUGUUCCCCUGCAUCAGUCAGCUCACCUGCCACGUGACCGACCCCAAGGUGCGGCAGGCCGUCCGGGAGUGGUUGAGUCGGGUGGGCCGAGUCUACGACAUCAUCCUGUAGACGGGAGGCACGUCACCGUCCACUUUCACCGUGACCGGAGGUUGUUGAAGGUCGCCGGGGAGUGUUUUACGUUGACUUGGAAACGACCUUGGGCUUUUGUGUCUAUGUUUCUGUUGGCCAUGCUAGCGCUCUCGUUUGUCUCUGUUGCUUUCCUCUCACUGAAAGGAGUCAUCUGUAUGUUUUUUUUUUUUUUUUUUUUUUUACUGAACCAGAACCUUUGCAUACUUGAUUUCAAUGAUGUAUCAUAGUGGCCAGUACAGUAUGUUUAUUUAUGUUUAUUUAUGGUAUUUAUCAUAGUGGCCAUUUGUUUUCCAUUGUAUAUUUGUGAAUCAUUGUAUAUUUAAUUUAUUUGAAUGCGGAAUAUAUUCAUAAUAUACAUAUCUAUUUUAAUGAUGACUGAAUGUUUUUGUCUGAUAUUUUGCAUAUACUGUAGUACAAAAUCCAAUAUUGUGCCAUAUAUUGUACAUGUGAAAUUGACACAUGACCCCCUGGAUGAUAUGCCCAAUCCAUCACUGUUUUUAUCUUUGGAAGGCAAAUAAUCAGGACUAUGCUGUAUGCUGAGUCACUUGCUUGAAGUGUGUUUGCGUGUGCAAGCAUGAUGUGACUGGUGGCUUGCAUGUCUGUCUUGGACAAUGAUCAUACCAUAGAGUUCAAGUGUUGAAUUAAAAGCUGCUUUCUGUGUGGAUAACAUGCUGAACAUCAUUAGUGGUUUACUCAUCCUGGAAACAAAGUAUUUUUAAUUUACCUUACUCUAUACUUGCAUUUACAUAAAGUUAUUGAAUAUCCAUUACAGGCACAGCAGCAGUCUCUGUGAAAUGGAACUGUGUGUAUUUGCCAUUACUUGUAAUCACGCUGCCAGUGGAAUAAAGGAACAUUGACCUUGGCUUGCAAAACACAGUGUAACCCAAAGAGGUUUGGCAUUAGGGUUUAUUAUCCCCAAUGAAUUGAUGCCAAUCAACAUUUGAAACGGCUGAAAAAUGGUCAUGUGACAUUGUUGUACCGAACCUGCUGAUUCAUCCUUGAAGUCUUUUGAUCCUUGUGUUCAUUUAUGUGUAUUGUGUUGUAAGAAGCUGUUUGUUUGGUGAUUACUGAACGCUUUAAGUCCUCAUGACUGUUGCAGUGGACUCAACAGAGGUGGCACAAAUGACCGUCAAAUUUGAGUGUUCUGUUCCCUCUGAUUGUUUUCACAUUUUCAUAGUGUUCAUAGUUCUAAGGUAGCGCGUGUCUGUUGCUGGUGUGCAAAGAAAAUGCCUUGCUUUUGAUGGUGAUGACCAAAGAUGAACCCUGUUCUCUGUCACUAUUAUGUUUGUUUGUUUGUUUGUUUGUUUGUUUUGUUUCUUCCACACAGUAAACAAAGUUCCUGUAAAUACCAUAGUUACAUACCCUGUGUUAUCAGUCCUUACUCAACUAACAACAAACUCCAACAGUUUACAAAAUUGACCUAUAGUAGUUAAUUAAGUGAAGCUAAUGCUAUUACGUAUUGCUAAAACUCUUCAUCAGUAUGGAAUGGGACUUUCUAUGAUUUGUGUUAUGUUGUGGAGGGGCUAUUUUUUAGUAAUUGGCACAGUGAUUUGGAGAAGAGAGUGUGGUUGUUUGGCUCCAUACAGUAUGUUCAAUGCCCAAUAUGUCUUAAACAGGUAAAUGGCUCGUGGCGAUUUGCAACACACACAAACACACACACACACACACACACACACACACACACACACACACACA